AUGGCUGACGCAGACCAUAAGACCGCGCACGCAGACGGAGCAACUGAGCACCGUGGCCUCAACAAGCACAGUCUGGGCCAUGUGCGUUUGCGCAAUGAGCAUACGAACGAGAUCAUUUUAAGGCCGGCGCCGUCGCUGGACCCUAAUGAUCCACUCCGAUGGUCCACCGGAUACAAGAUCUACAUCGCGGUCCUCGUCUCCCUCGCAAUGAUUAUGUGCAACUUCAUGGCCGCCGGCCCGACAGUCGUCAUGGUCGAGGUGGCCACUGAUUUCAAGCAGGGGGGCGACACCAACUUAGAUAACUGGAUUAGCCGCGCCGCGUACUUCUUCAACAACAGUGCUCUGCUCCAGGGCGUGUCGACUCUGUUCUGGGUUCCGCUGCUGAAUAAGUACGGGCGUCGCCCGAUUUAUAUCUCGGCUUACAUCUUGUAUUUCUUCAUGAUCCUUGGGGCGGGACUGGCGAGGACGUACGCGGGUGAGCUGACGACAAGGACUAUCCUUGGUAUUGGCGCUGGGGCUGGGGAGUGUCUGGCUCCGGUCACUAUUGCUGAUGUGUUUUAUCUCCAUCAGCGUGGUUAUGGGAUGGCGAUAUACAACGCAGCCUUGAGCGCAGGAGUCGCAUUCGGCAUCAUCAUCGCCGGUCUAGUAUCCAUCAAGAACGACUGGCGCACAGUCUACUGGGUAGGCUGCGGUCUCGUCGGAGCCCUCAUCAUCGUGGUCAUCUUCCUCUUCCCCGAAACCGCAUACAACCGUGCCGGAAACCCGCUGGCCGAGCGCGCAGACGAAGUCCAGAAACCAGACGACGCCACCUUUGAGGAAGCAUCUCUCCCCCCGAUUCCACCGAAACGAUCGUACGUCCAGGACCUGCGCUUUUGGUCUGGCAGGACAUACACCGAUGAGUCCUUCUGGCGCAUGUUCAUCCGCCCGUUCGGUCUCAUCCUCAUGCCGGCUGUCUUCUGGGCUACGAUUGUGAUGUCUGUGACGAUUGGGUUCUUGGUGGCGGUUGCAUCUAACUUCGCCUCGGCGUUCAGCACUACAUACGGUUUCGAAGCGUGGCGGUCUGGGCUGUGCUUCAUUGCAGGCAUGGUUGGCUGUGUGUUUGGCACGUUCGCUGGCGGGCCUUUCUCAGACUGGGUUGCGGACUACUUCACCAAGCGUAAUGGGGGCAUCCGUGAGCCGGAGAUGCGAUUGCCUGCGAUUAUCCCUAGUGUCAUUGCGGCGCCGCUGUCGCUGCUGUUGUAUGGGUUUGGGAUUGCGAAUCAGUGGCACUGGAUCGUGCCGACGAUUGGGCUGGGAUUAUUAUCUUUCGCCAUCGCACAAGGCACAAACGUCUCCUUUGUAUACUGCGUGGACUCCUUCCGGCCUGUCGCCGGGGAAGUAACCGUCACCCAGCUAGCCUUCAAAUCCUGCUUUGGAUUCCUUCUUUCCUUCUAUACCAAUCCCUGGAUCCAGAAAUCCGGAUAUGCAGCUGCGUUCGGUGCCAUGGCGGGGAUAUCGGGUGGAUGUCUGCUAUUCUUCAUUCCAUUGUUCUUCUGGGGGAAGUCUAUUCGGCAUGCGGCGAUGAAGUGGCCGUUUGUGCAGUUCGUGUUCUGGAAGGACGAUAGGGAGGUUGGGGAGUGA